AAAAAUUAUUUGAAAACUGGUGUUAUUUAUUUAAGAAUACGAAGAAUGGACUGAAAAUUUUGGAGGCAAAGCCAAUCAAAACAAGAAAUCAUUCUCUCGCUUUCGUUAUUUUCUUCCACUUUUUGUUUGUUCUGCUUUGUGGGCAAAACAAAGCUCUGCGAACUACCCAAUCCGAAAAUCCCAGAUGAGUUUGGUUAUGAGCCAUUCUGGUGGUUUGGGCAUCAAUUCCAUCAUAAUCUCAAGCUCUAAACGUUUAUAUAGCAAGACGCGAGGUAAAAAUGUCAUGCCCAUGAAAUUGCUAGGGAGACAAUCAGCAGCUGAGGAUCGAAGUAAAGAUAUUGAGCUAGUGGAGAAUAAAAACAGUAGCAGACAUUUUCAAGCCAUGGCUUUUGUAAAUGUGAUUUCUGCGACAAAUUUCCUCGUAGUAGAAGCAGCAAAGGCUGAAACUUUAAAAGAUAUGUGGGAAGGAGCUGCUUCUGUUUACACUUUGGCUGAUGGUGGCAUUGGAGAUUGGUUUGGAAGCUUCUUGUAUUCAGCUGGACAACAGGCUAACGUCGCAGUUCAGGAUCAGCUAUCUGCUCUUAGUUUCACUAGUUUGGCAGUAAUAUUUGGGGCAGGAUUUGUAACCAGCCUUUCCCCUUGCACACUGAGUGUUUUGCCUUUGACCCUUGGUUACAUAGGAGCUUUUGGAUCAGGAAAGAGCAAAGCAGAGGUUGUUGGAAACUCUCUUGCUUUCUCAUUAGGACUUGCCACAACAUUAGCGCUGUUAGGCAUAGCAGCUUCUUUUGCUGGAAAAGCAUAUGGACAGAUCGGCCAGGGGUUACCAUUGGCUGCUUCAGGCUUAGCUGUUAUUAUGGGCUUAAACCUACUGGAGAUAAUUGAGUUGCGACUACCCUCAUUCUUCGACAAUUUCGAUCCCCGUUCCGCCGCUGCCAACUUUCCAUCAAGUGUGCAAGCAUAUCUAGCUGGGCUUACAUUUGCUUUGGCUGCAUCCCCUUGCAGUACUCCUGUGCUGGCUACUAUACUUGGAUAUGUAGCUACAUCCAAGGAUCCGAUUGUUGGGGGCAGCCUUCUUUUGACAUACACAACUGGCUAUGUCGUACCGCUACUUCUCGCUGCCUCAUUUGCUGGAGCAUUGCAGAGCCUUUUGUCGUUCCGCAAGUUCUCUUCAUGGAUUAAUCCUGUAAGUGGUGCAUUACUAUUGGGUGGAGGUGUUUAUACUUUCUUGGAUAGACUGUUUCCAGUCACAAUGGCAAUGUAGAUAACAAAAAUACAUACAUUUAUACAUACAUACAGUUUCAUCUAUGUUCAUAUUUUUCUGUGUU